AUGGAUAAAUUGAAAACUGUUUAUUUGGAUUCUGCUUUGAGUAUAAUUAAAGGAGCUUUAUGCAUUAUUCUUCAAAUACCAACAAGUAGAACUACAGAAAGUGUAAAAAAAAAGGCAAACAAUGUUGGUGUUAUCACAGUAAAAUCGAUUUUGUCAGAACCCACAAUUCAUCAGUAUGACGACAUAAAGAAACUAAUUAAAAAUAAACUUCAAGAAUGCGUCCCUUUUUAUAAUUAUAAUAUGAAUCGUUCUUUUGCUGAGAAAAUUUACGGAGACUGCAUCUAUGAUAAUUAUGGAUUGUCAAAAGAGAUUAAUGAAAUAAAUUUAAUAAUAUUAGAAGAGUGGAAUAUUAAUUGUAAUAAAAAUAGAGUUUUAAAAAAUACAGGAUUAAUUAAAGAAAUAACAAUUAAUCAAUUUAAGUAUUCAACUAAUAAAGAAUCUUUAGAAGUACAUUUUGCUGUUAGCCCGAAAUAUACUUUUGAAGAAUUAAGUACUAUGUAUAAAAAUGAGAAAGGAUUAUAUGAAUUUCUUUUAUCUCCUAUUAUAAAAAUAAUAUGUAAUGAAAAUGAUAAGAAAUUAUUAGAUAAUAUGAAUGAAGAAUGUACAUAUUUAAAUGUAGAAGAUAUAUUACCAAAAAACAAAGUACUUCCACCUUCAGGAAUUGAAAAUAUUGAUUAUGAACGUUCAAAAGAUGUUACUCCUUGGGAUGUAAAUAUAAAUAAUGAAGAAGGAAUUAAUUAUAAUAAAUUAAUAAAAGAAUUUGGUUGUUCCAAAAUUACAGAAAAUCAUAUUAAAAGAAUUGAGAAAUUAACAAAUAGUAAAGCUCAUCAUUUUAUAAGAAGAGGAAUAUUUUUUAGUCAUAGAGAUUUAGAUUUCUUGUUAAAUUAUUAUGAACAACAUAAAUGUUUCUAUAUAUAUACUGGUAGAGGACCAUCCUCCUUAUCUAUGCAUUUAGGCCAUUUAAUACCAUUUUAUUUUUGUAAAUAUCUACAAGAAGCUUUUAAUGUUCCAUUAGUUAUACAGUUAUCAGAUGAUGAAAAAUAUUUAUUUAAUCAAAAUUAUUCACUAGAAUAUAUUAAUACAUUAACUAAUGAAAAUGUAAAAGAUAUUAUAUCUGUAGGUUUGAAUCCUGAAUUAACAUUUAUUUUUAAAAAUACAGAAUAUGCUGGAUAUUUAUAUCCAACCGUUUUGUCUAUACAUAAAAAAACUACCUUAAAUCAAAGUAUGAACGUUUUUGGUUUUAAUCAUAGUGAUAAUAUAGGAAAGAUAUCUUAUCCAUCAUUUCAAAUAGCUCCAUGUUUUUCUCAAUGCUUUCCGAACUUUUUAGGAAAAAAUAUUCCCUGCUUAGUCCCUCAAGGUAUCGAUCAAGAUCCAUAUUUUAGAUUAAGUCGAGAUAUUGCAGUAAAAAUGGCUUUGCACAAGCCUGUGGUUGUUCAUUCGGUUUUUAUGCCAGGUUUACAAGGAGUCAAUUCUAAAAUGAGUAGUACAAAAAAGAAGAAAGAUGAUAACGGUAAAAGUAAUAGUACGUUUGAUCAUAAUAAUAGCGUUAUCUUCUUAACAGACACACCAGAACAAAUCAAAAAUAAAAUCAACAAAUAUGCUUUUAGUGGAGGGGGAACCACUAUACAAGAACAUAGGGAAAAAGGUGGAAAUCUAGAUAAAGAUAUAUCUUAUCAAUAUUUAAGAUAUCUUUUAGAAGAUGACAAUAAAUUAAAUGAAAUUGGAGAAAAAUAUAAAAAAGGAGAAAUGUUAAGUGGUGAAAUAAAAAAAAUAUUGAUAGAUGUUUUAACAGAAUUGGUAUUAAAGCAUCAAGAGAAAAAGAAAUCUUUAACAGAUGAAGAAAUAUCUUAUUUCUUUGAUCCAAACAAACCAUCUCUUCAAAAAUUUAAAAAUAUGUAA